AUGGCCCUGGACAUUCUGGAGGACGAUCAUGGGCAGUUCACCAUCUGGGGGGCGAGCGCCUCGGGUGCCAGCGUGCUCUUGCAGGUCCAGGGCUUCCGCCCCUACCUCUACGUCGUGGCGCCGGCGGCCAUGCCAGGCUCCGCCCCGGCCCUGGACUGGUUUGAGGACCGAGGGCUCAGGGAGUCGUUUCGCGCCGUGGUCAACAGGGCUAUUCCCCCAGACCUCAGGGUGGCUGCCGUGCUGGCAUGCGACAGGCGGCCCCUUCAGUACUGUCGCCCCGCAGACCUCGGGCCGGCCGCCUCGCCCAUGCUGCGACUCGAAUUCGAUCCCGGCACCAGCCUGCGCCGAGCAGCCCCCGUCCUCGCGCGCUGCCUGGCCUCCCCCGGCCUGCUGGAGGCGGGGUGGAACUUUGGGGCGGGGACGAUGUUCGAGAGUGAGAUCGGCCUGCUGCAGCGCUUCCUCGCAGACAUGCCCGUCUCCGGCGGGGCCUGGCUGUACGUCCCGCCGGCCGCGAGCCCCAAGGCUGGCGCACCGGCGCCCGGUUACACUCUGGCCCAGGAGGAUCGGCGGGCGGCCGGCUUCGACAUCGAUGCGACGGCGCCCUGGCAGGCCCUGACCUGCCUCACCCCCGACGCCACACAGCUCGCGGACGCAGGCUGGUCGCCCUUUCCCCCUGGCAGCGCCGCCGCAGGGUACCCCGCCUCCGGCGCGCGCACGCUGGUGUUCCGCAGCGAGGCGGCGAUGCUGCGCGCCUUCCUGGCCUGGCUGCGGGCCGCCGACCCCGACCUGCUGGCGGUGUUCGACGCCGGGCGCACGCUGGGCGCGCUGGGCGCGCGCUGCGCCGCGCUGCGCGUGGACGGAGGCGCCGCGGCGCUGGGGCGCGCCCCGCCGGGGUCGAGCCGCUCGCGCCCGCUGCGCCUCAAGCGCAUCACCACCUACAGCGCGGCCUGGGUGCGGUCACAGUCGCGCAUGAGCAGCACCAGCAACCAGGAGACGCUGCGCGCAGAGGUGGACGGGCGGGUGGUCGUGGACGUGCAGCGCCAGGUGCUGACCUCGCAGAACCUGUCCACCUUCACGCUGACCGACUGCGUGCAGAGCCUGCUGGGCGGCACGCUGGAGACCCUGGCGCCGCGGGAGGUCGCCGCGCUGGCGGCCGGCGACGGCGCGGGGCUGCUGCGCCUGGCGCGGUACAUGGCGACGCGCGCGCGUGCGGUGCGCGCGCUCCUCCUCCACCUGGCCACGGUGCCGGACAUGGUGGAGAUGGCGCGCGUGACCGGCCUGACCCUGGGCCAGGUGGCGUACCAGGCGCAGAUGGUGCGCACGCACAGCCUGCUUCUGCGCACCGCCGGGCGGCGCGGGUACGUGCUGCCGGCGCGGCUGGAGGCGGGCCAGCUCCAGGAGCACACCUUCAUCCUGCACCCCGUGGAGAACAGAACGGCGGGGCUGUACACGAACCCGGUGGCCAUCCUCGACUUUGCCAGCCUGUACCCCUCCAUCUACCGCGCGCACAACCUGUGCUACACCACGCUGGUGCACCCGGAGGACAGGGGUCUCUUCGCGGAGGACCAGACCACGGUCACGCCCACGGGCGACGUGUUUGUGAAGCCCGCCGUGCGCAAGGGCCUGCUGCCAGCCAUCCUGGCGGCCCUCACCGUCGCCCGGGCCGCCACGCGCGACCAGCUCAAGGCCGCGACCAGCGAGGCGCAGCGGGCGGUGCUGGACGGCCGGCAGAAGGCCCUCAAGGUCACGGCAAACGCGCUGUACGGCUUCACGGGCGCACAGACCUCGCCGCUGCAGUGCAUCCCGCUGGCAGACUCCUGCCUGGCUUACGGCGCACAGGCCUGCCGCCGCGCGCUGGAUGCCCUGGAAAGCGCGAGCAGGUCUGGGGAGCUGGGCCCCAUCGGACGCGGCGCACGCGUCAUCUACGGCCACACCGACAGCCUGUGCGAGGGAGGGUUUGCUGUCUUCCCGGCCGCCUCGACCCCUGCAGAGGCCAUAGAGGUCGGAAAGCGCACUGCCGCAAUCGUGUCGGCUGCCUUCCCCGAUCCCAUGGAGCUCAAGUUUGAGCGCGUCUGCAACCCGCUCCUGCUCAUCCAUGUCAACAGGUACGCUGGCAAGACGUGGGAGCGACCCGACAGCCAACCGGCGCUCAUGGGCCUCGUCAGCAUGUGGCGCCAGGCGGCUCCCAUCGUCCGCACGACCCUGCAUGGCGUCCUGGAGCGGAUCAUCAUGCGUGGCGACGUGGAGUCGGCGAUCGCGUUUGUGGAGGAGGAGGUCCGCCGCCUGCUCUCUGGACGGGUCUCCCUGCACGAACUCAUCAUGACGCAGGGCCUGUGGCGGAUCACCGGGGAGCAAGUGAGCAGCGCCGCAGCGGGGGACCCCGCGGCCGCCGCCGAGGUGCGUGGACCCCAUGCCUCGCUGGCGGUGAGGCUGGUCCAGCGUGAUCCCGGGCGCGCCUUUGUGCUGGGCGAGCGCCUGCCCUACGUGCUGCUGGCGGGGGCCCCGAAGCAGGACGACGCGGCGGAGGAUCCGGUGAUGGCCGUGCGGUCUGGCACGCGCGCAGACUACCUGCUCUACUGGAACAACAAGCUGGUGCGUCCGCUGAGCGAGAUGCUGGGGCAUUGCAUGCCGCCGGCGCGAGUCCAGGCGCUGAUGCAGGGCGCUCACACCCGGGUGAGGGUGGAGGAGGUGGGCUCCAGAGUAGCCAAGCCGGGUGGCGCAUCGCUGUCCCCCCCAACCCCGUCGCCCCGGGCCAAGGGCCGGAGGCAGGGUGGUCGCCAGGUGGGCAUGACCGCCUUCUACGCCGCGACAGCCAAGUGCAUAGGCUGCAAGCGGACGCUGCCCCAGACUUCUGGGACGGCGCCUGCACUGUGCGAGAUCUGUUCGAGGCAAGCGGGGGCAACUCAUCCGCAUGUCCAUGCAUGCAGGGGCCUGCAGCGAUGCAGAGUAGGAUUUGCAGCAUCUGCCCUGCACUGGCCUGCAAUGAAAAAUUCAGGCUCUCCCUUCCCCAAAACACAUUCUUGGAUCAUUGCUUGCCUUCCACCGCAGCAAGUACGCCUCACAGCUGCCCCCCCCCUUGGCCGCCACAGGGAUCCAGGUAUCGCUGCAAGAGUGGUCCUGGAGACCACUGCCAGGCAAGCGGAGGCAGAGGCCCUCCGGGCCCGGGCAGGCAGCAUAUGUCGGGCCUGCGACUCUGCCACGCUGACGCAGCCCUUUCUCUGCGAGAACGGUGCCUGCGCCAUAUACUUCCAGAGGCGUGAGGCAUGCAUCGAUCUGGAGGCACUGGGGGAGACCUGGGUCAGACUGCGGGGGGGUGCUGCAGGUUAG